AUGCACGUGGACUUUGAUGAAGGGAGCUCACAAAGAGCGAUUGACCUAAUUCCAGAGCUCGCUCUCGAUGAUAUGGCUAUAGAAGCUUCUCUCAGAUAUGUGGUUUACGAGGAGAGGGUCUUAUACAUUAGAGAGGGCAAAAAGACCACAAACUACAUUCAGGUGUAUGCACCGUGUAACGACUCCUACUCAGACGAAGAAAAGGACUCUUUCUUCGAACAACUCUCGGACUUAAUUAGCAACAUCCCAGACGAGGAAGACCUUUAUGUAAUGGGAGACUUCAACGGAAGAGUCGGAGAGAGAAGAACACCGUGGACAAAACACCUGGGUCCACACAGUGACCACAGAACACCAUGCAAUUAUAACGGCAACCAUGUACUGGAACUGUGUGCAGAGCACGACUUAUUCAUCACCAACACCUUCUUCCAGCACAGAGCCUCUCAGAUCUACACCUGGUACAGAUGGAACAACAUCAUGGUCUCAUCACAGAUCGAGUUCAUAUUAACGAGAACACGAAUGCGGAUCACAAUCACAGACUCAAGAGCCAUCCCCAAUGCAGGCCUGGACACAGACCACAGGCCAAUCAUCACAACGUUGACCACCAAGAAAGAAAGAAAACCCAAAAAACAUAAAAGACAGCAAGAGAGACUAAAUAUGCAUAAACUUGGAGAUGAUCAGGUGCAGGCUCAGAUCAGAAGCACGUUAAAUGAAAAACUAGGCUCUAUCAACUCUAAAAUACUAACCGUAGAGGAAGCUUGGGAUACCUUCAAAACAACUCUCCUGGACACAAUGAAAGAAGUCUGUGGUACCAAGAAAACAAGAGGAAAAUACAGAAAAGCAACAGCCUGGUGGAACGAAGAAGUUAAAGAUGCUAUCAAGGAAAAAAAGAGACUGUAUAAUGUAUGGGUCACGUCAAAAAACGAAGAGGACUACAUUAAAUAUAGACUUGCAAGAAGACACAGUAAGAAAGUCGUUAUAACAUCAAAAGAAAAGUCAUGGACCCAGUAUGGCGAAAAACUAAGUGAAACCUGCAAGACCUCACCAAGAGAGUUCUACAAGAAGUUUUUCUUUAGUAGGAUAUUGGACUAUUUCAAUUCCUUGAAGCUGCAAAUCGGAGGUACCAUUGUGACCAUGACUGUUGAAAUGUUGGCCAACUGGUGUGCUGGAGUUUUUAUGGACUGA